AUGUUAAUAUGGUUAAGAAAAUAAAAAAGAUUAGCAUUAGAAAUAUACGAAGAUUAUAAUGACUCCAUUUAUAUUGAUUGCCAGAAUGAGUUAAUUAUCUCUCAAUUCUGGCCUCUAUUUGUGAAAAUAAUGAAAAUCUAUUUGUUUUACAGUAUUGUAUUGAUAAUGAUAAAUAAUAUUGAAGGAUACUAAUCAUAUAAUAGUUAACAAGUCACUCUUUAUACAUAUUUAUUAAUUGUGCUUCCUUUAGCUACGAUAGUGUAUGAUAAGUGGAUAAUCCAAAAAUUAUCCAAAAGGCAGAAAGUAACUCUGACGCAAAUACUCUUUAUUUUGUUCGAAACCUUAUUGUAGCUGUAUUUAUAACAAUUGCUAAUGGAGUAUGAGAAUUUGCAGAGAUUAAUAGGUAUUCUUUUAAUAUUUAUAAUAAUGCAAAUUGUAAUGGCAACAAUGAACAAUUUCAAAUUAAGAUUAAUCAUUCUAAUUAAAUUUUUUGUUUACUUAGGCUAUAAAACUGAAUUCACGAUCUUUUAAUGUUUAUUCACUUACCAUAUUGUUUUUUUGAAUUUACUUCUUGUCUAUUACUGGGAUUAGCAAAUAAUGAGAUUAAGUAAGAUUAAACAUUUUGCCGAGCAAUCUCUAAGAAGUAUUCCAACAGCAGUUUGUAUUCUGAAUUCAGAUUGCGAAUAAGUCUUAUUUUCAAAUAGAUAUAUGAAGAAAUUGAUAGACAAAUCUCACACAAAGACAAAAACAUUUAUGACUAAGUCUGUAAAAUAGGACUAUCUGUUUGAGACUCAGCCAUCAAUUAUGAGCAAUUAUGACGAGAUUUUCUUAUUUUUUUCUUAAAUGUUUGCAAAUAUUGAAGAGGUCAAAAACCAAUUACCACCUGAUUCAAGUAAAUUCAAUCUUGACAAUAUGGAUGAUGAAUAAUUAAACUUAAACCAAAUUAUUCAAUACAUAACAAAGACUGACAAAAAGACCUAAGGCAAAAUAUACACUUUAAGAUGCUAAUUCAUUGAUCGUCCAGAGUAGGCUAUUGACGAAUCACAGAAAGUGGUUAUUGAAGUGAAGAUGAAAACACUUUUGCAAUAUGAGGAUAACAAACAUGCAACUCUAAUUAAUCUUUAUGAUAUAUCUACAAACCUAAAGUCUAUCUAUUAUAAGAAUCUGAAUUAAUUUAAAAGUAAAGUAAUAAGAUCCAUAUCUCACGAGUUGAGAACUAGAUUAAAUGCGAUUUAGGGCAUGAUCUAGAUGGUGCAAAAUUACAAUUAAAAUUUUGAUUGGGAAGUGAAGAAAUACUUAAGGGCUGCUUUUAAUAAUUGUAGAAUUUAAAAUUUUAUUAUUGGUUCAAUCAUUGAUUACAAUUUAUUGAGGGAAAGAAAACUGCCUGUUAAAUUAGAGAAGGUGAGAAUUAACGUAUUAAUUUAGGAAGUGAUGGAUUUAUUCAAAGAUGAAGCAGAACUAAAAUAUAUAAAAAUUAAGUAUGAGGAUAAAAUACAAACAAGUAACUAUGAAUUGUUGGAUUCUGAGAAAUUUCAGAGUAUACUAAUUCAUAUCAUAUCUAAUAGUAUUAGAUUUAGUAAAUCUGAUGGAUUAAUUUCAAUUAGAUUAUCAAAAGAUCUAAGUACUAACAAUAAUAAUAAUACGAAUAGUUACAUUUAAAUACCUGAAAAUAAGCAAUAAACUAAUAGGCAUUCGAAAUUGCAUGUUCCUCAUUCUUAUUCUCCUCAGUAAUAGAGAUUGAGUGGAAGCGACUGUUGUCAUGACUCAUCAAAUAACAAUAAAUAACGCAGAACUAUUAGCAAAUACAAGAUGGCCAGUCAAUUUUCUUCGAAUGCAAAUUUGUCUACAAAUCUUGCUGAUGUAUAUAUGAUUGAGGUGAGAGACAAUGGUUUAGGGAUGACUGCUGAAAGGUUGGAGUAUAUUCGAUCUUUGUUAAAUGGGGAAGACUUUUAGGUUGAGAGAAAUUCAAAUGAUGCAUCUUCUGGGAUGAUGCUUGGAUUGCGAGCAUCGAAUUAGCUAAUAAAGAAUGUGUCAGGAAGAGAUGAUAAUACAAAUUACAUUUCUAUUGAUUCAGAUAUUGAUAAGGGCACAACCAUUUAAAUGCAUAUAAAAAUAAGGCUAAUUUCAGGUGAAAACUUCUCUAGUGAAUUGAUAUUGAAAGAGUCAAGUGUAGAAAACGAGGGGAUUAUUCAUUCCUAUAACAAUUUUAGUUUAAAGUUAGGUCCUUGGUCAAAUGUAACUUAAAUUCACACAAAGAACUAGUGCUAAUGUGAGAACACAUUUAUGAUUGUAGAUGAUGAGCCUUAUAAUUUGAUAGUUUUAGAAUCUCUCUUAAAGAAAUUGCAACAUUAAGUGGUAAAGGCUGAAAAUGGUAGACAUUGCAUCCAAUUAUUAGAAAAGACGUUUGAACAAUUUCAAGAACAUAAAUGCAAAGGAUAUAAAGGUAUAAUAAUGGAUUAUUAAAUGCCAAUCAUGAAUGGCGAAGAAGCAACUAAAUACAUCACAUAGAUUUGCAAAGAUAGAAAAUAUUACCCCAAUUCCAAUAUUCGGACUAACAGGGUUUUCUGGAGAGGAUGA